UGCAAUUCCUGCAGGACUUCCAGACAGCAUGGGGUCAGAAUUUGGCUGGGUGGGGGGGCUCCGAUCCUGACUGCAGCAGUGCAACAGGCGUCACAUGCGACAACAGCGGCAUGAUCAGUGCGAUGCGACUAUCGAACCUCAAUCUGAGAGGGCCCAUUCCGGACUCCAUCAGCAACCUCCAGAAGAUAUCUUCUCUAGAUGUUUCAAACAAUUGGAUCAAUGGCUCAAUCCCGGCUAAAAUUGGCGACCUUACAAACCUGCAUUUCUU